AUGAAGUUCACUAGCUUUGCAACUACUAUCGCACUGGCUUCCCUGGUUACUGCUCUUCCAGCCCCGCACCCUGAAAUCACAGAUGCGCCCGAGCAAUAUUCUCUCGAAAAGCGUGCUCAACAAGCCAUCAACGGUAACUCUGUGUGGACCUCAACUUUGGCCAACGGCGGGUAUGAACUUGUUACUGAAACUAUUAUUGAUGCUGUCACCAUAUCUGCACAACCACCUACAACUACAGACAAUUCAAAGACUACCACGUGGGUUUCGGUAGAUAACUCCGGUAUUCCUAUCGCUAUUACGCCCACAAUCGUGACUCCUGGUGGCGAGACCUAUUCCACCUCACCGACUGCCCCAACAUCUUAUCCUACACCAAAUGCUAUUCCACCUGUUAUUAGAUGCUUUGGUGACCGUGUUCCUGCCGCCAACAGUGGCUCUUCUUCAAAUAAUCCUCCUGGUUACCCAUUUUGCACUCCACGCAACGGCACUGAAAUGAUUGUUGGCGAAACAUAUUGGUUGACCUGGGACCCUACAUAUUGGGGAAGCCCCAAUGACAUUAAGUUUGUCAAGAUCUACGCCCGUUAUCUUCCUAGUGAUAACAAUGAGGACCAGGUUUUCAUUACUGAUUGGGUUUCUAAUGCUGAUGGCUAUUUCCCAUUGACUAUCUUGGAUGACUACCGUAUUCGUGGCACAAAUGGUUACAUGUUUGUAAACCUCAUGCCUUUAGUUCCUGAUAACACCAUUUCUACUAAGGUUGGCACUGUUUCUGGUCCUAUCAUUCGUGUUAUUGCUAGUGCCAGUGAUGCCGAAACAGUCAUUAGCCGACUUCCAAGUGACAACAACAAGUCGUCAAAUAACAAAGAUGAUAAUGGCGGCCUUAGCAAGGGUGCGCUUACUGCAGCCAUUGUUGUGCCUAUUAUUUUUGUCAUUCUUAUGUGUGUGCUUGUGUACUUUUGGUUCAUGGUGCGCAAGAAAGCUAUGAACGCCCACAAGGCUAAUCAAAAUGCUGCUACCAAAGGCAAAGAUCUUCCUAAAGACUCAUCACUGGUCACUGUUCAGACAAACCAGUCUACUUUUUCUACCAACACAAAUGCGACUGGAAAUCCUUUCCAUGAUCGUAACGAAGCCACUGAACCUAUAGAUAGUGUUGAGCUUUCAACUCGUAAGCCUACACUUCCUACUUCUGCUGUUUAA